AUGACUGGACUACAAAGAGAAAGAAAUAACAAGCAAAUAUUAAUAUUAUCAGAUUGCCAGAGUGUAUUAAAAGCAAUAAAAAACAAUAGGCUAGAUGUAUAUAAGAGUAGCUUUAUAUUAGACAUUAGAAGACAUCAUUCUAGAUUAAAAACUAAAUUCGGUUGGAAAAUUAUUUAUGGAUGGAUCCCAGCUCAUAGAGGUUAUACUGGAAAUGAAAUAGCAGACAGAUUAGCAAAAGUAGGUGCGUCAGAAGUAGCGGAAAUAAAUAUCCCCGUCCCGAUAACGGACUUAAGAAGCAUAUUUAGGGAAGAAGCUUGGAAUAACACGCAGGAUAAAUUAAUUAGUAAAAGUUCAUAUAAAGGCAAGAAUUACUUUCGAAAUUUCCACGACAGAAACAAAAAACAACCUUGGUUUAAAGAAAUUAAAGCGGAGAGAUAUUUUUAUUCUUUCAUUAAUCGUAUAAGAGCAAACCACUACAAUUUAAACGAGUCUUUAGCUAGAAAGAACUAUAUAGAUAUAUCUAGAUGCGACUGCGGCUACGAAAAAGAAGACAUAAAUCAUGUAAUAUGGCAGUGUAGUAGGUACGAUGUGGAAAGGGAAGCGAUGAACGAGAAAUUGGUGAAACGUAACAUUUACGGAGCAGCAGAGGACAUAGUGGAAUUGAUCAAGAGAAAGGACUGGCCUAAAAUUGGAGUGGUAUACAGAUUCAUUAAACAGAUAGGAAGGAUUAUCUAA